UCCCUCAAUGUAUGGUUCUUCUGGAAAACCUUCCUGCUCUACUUUCAAGGGCUGCAGUACUAUUAUUUGCAUCAGAUGUUAGGGCUAGGAUUGUGUGUUAGCAGAGCUUCAGCAUCUGUCCUCAAUCUCAACUGCUGCCUGGUCCUUCUACCAAUGUGCCGUGUUCUCUUGGCCUUCCUGAGAGGAUCUCAGAAGGUUGCCAACAGGAAGACCAGAAGGCUACUGGAUAAAAGUAAAACUUUCCACGUGACGUGUGGUGUUACAAUAUGCAUCUUUUCAGUUUUACAUGUUGCUGCUCAUCUGGUGAAUGCUCUCAACUUUUCUGAGAACUACAAUGAAGAUUUUCUGGCACUAAAUGCGGCAAACUAUCGUGGCGAGGACCCGAGGAAAUUGCUUUUUGCUACUGUUCCAGGUCUGACUGGAGUCCUUAUGGUGUUAGUAUUAUUCCUAAUGUGUACAGCUUCUACAUAUGCCAUCAGGGUUUCAAACUAUGACAUCUUCUGGUAUACACACAACCUUUUCUUUGUCUUCUAUAUGCUGUUGAUGCUGCAUGUUUCGGGGGGAGUGCUCAAGUACCAGACCAACUUAGAGGAACACCCUCCUGGUUGCUUUAAUCCUAACAAAACACUCCGACAGAAUAUGAUGAUGCCAAAGGCUUUUGAAGAGCCGUUUCCUGACUAUACUACUGAGCCUUUCCCAGAGGACUUGCCAGUACCAGAACCCUUUGUACAAAAUAAAUUUAUGAGAAUUUGUUCCGAGGAACCCAAGUUCCAGUCACACUUCCCAGAGACCUGGUUUUGGAUUUCUGGGCCUCUGUGCUUGUACUGUGUGGAAAGGCUGUAUCGGUACCUCCGCAGCAGUAAACCAGUCACCAUAACUUCAGUGAUAAGCCAUCCUUCCAAUGUCCUUGAAGUAAGGAUGGUGAAAGACAACUUUAAAGCAAGGCCUGGUCAGUAUGUUAUUCUUCACUGUCCAAGAGUGUCCGCACUGGAAAGCCAUCCAUUCACCCUUACAAUGUGCCCUACAGAUACCAAAGCAACGUUUGGGGUCCACCUUAAAGUUGUAGGAGACUGGACAGAAAGAUUUCGGGACUUACUGCUUCUACAUUCAAAUCAAGAUACAGAGAUUCUGCCCAUCUUUCAGCAGAGGCGCUAUCCCAAACUGUAUGUGGAUGGACCUUUUGGGAGUCCUUUUGAGGAGUCCCUGAACUACGAGGUCAGCCUGUGUGUGGCUGGAGGUAUCGGAGUUACACCAUUUGCAUCAGUACUCAACACACUGCUUGACGGCUGGAAAUGCUACAAGCUCAGAAGACUCUACUUCAUUUGGGUGUGCAGAGACAUCGAAUCUUUCCGCUGGUUUGCAGAUCUGCUCUGCAUGUUGCAUAACAAGCUUUGGCAGGAGAAUCGGCCAGACUAUAUAAAUAUCCAGCUGUACCUCAGUCAAACAGAUGGAAUACAGAAAAUAAUUGGUGAAAAAUACCAAGCUUUAAACUCAAGGCUUUUGAUUGGACGGCCCCGAUGGAAGCUCCUUUUUGAUGAAAUAGCAAAGUGUAACAGGCGGAAGACCAUUGGAGUUUUCUGUUGCGGACCAAACAAAAUCUCUAAGAUACUUCAUAAACUGAGCAACAGCAGCAACUCUUAUGGGACAAGGUUUGAGUAUAAUAAAGAAUCCUUCAGCUGA